CAGGCAAGCGGAAGUGACCUGUCAAAAAAGCCGGAAAAGACUACUGGAGUUCCAAGCUAGGUAGCCAGAAAAUAAUAACACAGGAUCAUCUUUUGUCUGCAUGAAGGCCUGAAGGUGCUGUAUUUGAAGACAGGAAUUUUGUGUAUGCCAGCUGACCAGCCCACUGAUCAGCAAAAUGAGCAGCGCAGGAACAGUGGAGGCGACCAGACCUCCCAAAAUUGGCUCUAUAGUGGAGGUGACGGGGAAGGGUCAGCGUGGUACUGUUGCCUACAUUGGGGCCACCCUCUUUGCCUCUGGAAAAUGGGUGGGCGUCAUACUGGACGAUGCCAAAGGCAAGAACGAUGGCACCGUGCAGGGGAAGCGCUACUUCACCUGUGAGGAAAAUCACGGGAUAUUUGUCAGACAGUCCCAGCUCCAGGUGGUGGAAGACGCCACCUCACCGGAUACUCCUGAGUCAGGUACUACAAAGAUUGCCAGACAGAAAGAUAUUCCUGAAACUCCCAGAACAUCCAAGCAGACACCUGUGAACGUUAAGAAGUGGGGCACUCCAAGUCGUCUCACACCUGCCACCUCCCUCCCCUCCCUCUUGAUGCGUCCCACCGGCCGCUCCAGCCUCAUGGCCUCUCGUGAGAGCCUGGCGUCCUCUCUGUCUGGCGAUGUCAGUGAAGCAGGUCACCAGGGUGCACUGGGGGCUCCUGUCACGCCUCAGCCCAGCGGGUCGCCAGCAGCAAUGGCAGCCCCGGCGCCGGCUACUCCAAGCAAGGUGGAACCUGCCGGUUCCAAGCAGGAGGAGGAAUCUAUGCGAGCUCAGGUCAAAGACCUGGAGGAGAAGCUGGAAACACUGAAGAUGAAGCGGACAGAGGACAAAGCCAAGCUGAAAGAACUCGAGAAACACAAGAUCCAGCUGGAGCAGCUUCAAGAGUGGAAGACCAAAAUGCAGGAGCAGCAGGCGGAGCUACAGAAACAGCUCAAAGAGGCCAAGAAGGAAGCCCGUGAGGCACACGAGUCCAAGGACCACUACAUGGAGGAGAUGGCGGACACGGCAGACGCCAUAGAGAUGGCCACACUGGACAAAGAGAUGGCCGAAGAGCGGGCAGAGUCACUGCAAGUGGAGGUGGACUCGCUGAAAGAGAAAGUGGAGGAGCUCUCAAUGGACCUGGAGAUACUGAGACAUGAGAUUUCAGAGAAAGGCUCAGAUGGAGCUGCCUCCAGUUACCAUGUCAAACAGCUGGAGGAGCAGAAUGGCAGACUGAAGGAGGCCUUGGUUCGGAUGCGUGACCUGUCUACUUCAGAGAAGCAGGAGCAUGUGAAGCUGCAGAAACAGAUGGAGAAGAAGAACACUGAGCUUGAGACUCUGAGGACUCAGAAGGAGAAACUGCAGGAGGAGGUCAAGCAGGCAGACGCUACUAUUGAUGAACUCAAGGAGCAGGUGGAUGCUGCUUUGGGGUCAGAGGAGAUGGUGGAGAGCUUGACAGAGAGGAACCUUGACCUGGAGGAGAAAGUCAGAGAGCUGAGAGAAACCGUCACCGAUUUGGAGGCCAUCAACGAGAUGAACGAUGAGCUCCAGGAGAAUGGCCGGGAAACGGAAAUGGAGCUGAGGGAGCAGGUGGAUCUGAGUGGAGCAAAGGUCAGAGAGGCUGAAAAAAGGGUGGAGGCUGCCCAGGAGACUGUAGCUGAUUACCAGCAGACCAUCAACAAAUACAGAGAUCUCACCGCCAGCCUACAGGAGGCCAACAGAGAGCUGAUCAGUCAGCAGAAUAUGAAUGCUGAAGUUCAGCAACCGCCUGCUGAACUGUUUGACUUCAAGAUCAAGUUUGCAGAGACCAAGGCCUACGCCAAGGCCAUUGAGAUGGAGCUGAGGAAAAUGGAAGUGGCCCAGUCAAACCGACAGGUGUCUCUCCUCACCUCCUUCAUGCCGGACUCCUUCCUCCGUCAUGGUGGAGAUCACGACUGCAUUCUGGUCCUUCUGCUCAUCCCCAGGCUCAUCUGCAAGGCUGAGCUGAUCAGUAAACAGGCCCAAGAGAAGUUUGACCUGAAUGGGAACUUGGCCCAGGUAACGGGCCUACGAGGACCUGCAGGAGAGCAGCGCAGUUUUGCCUCAGGACUGGUCUACUCCCUCAGCCUCCUGCAGGCCACUCUGCACAAAUAUGAACAGGCUCUGAAUACCUGCAGCGUGGAGGUUUUCAAGCGCAUGGGUACACUCUACUCUGAAAUGAACUUUCAUGAGCGCUCUCUGGAUUAUUUCAUUGACCUGCUGCAUAAGGAUCAGCUAGAUGAGACGGUUCAGGUGGAGCCUCUGACUAAGGCCAUCAAGUAUUAUCAGCAACUAUACAGCGUACAUCUGGCAGAUCACACUGAAGACUGCACAGUGCAGCUGGCUGACCACAUCAAGUUCACCCAGAGUGUGCUGGACUGCAUGGGGGUGGAGGUCUCUCGUCUGCGGGCCUUUAUGGCGGCAGGUCAGGAGACCUCUGGCUUCGGCGUCCUUCUGAAGGACCUGGACACCUCCUGCUCUGACAUCAAACAGUUCUGUAAGAAGAUCCGCCGUCGCAUGCCUGGAAUGGAUGUAGCUGGAGUACCCGCUGCUCUCAAUUUUGGACCACAGGUGUCAGAGUUGCUGACGGAGUGCAGGCGCCAGCAGACCCGCGUGGUGGCUGUGCUGCAGGAAGUGGCUGCAGCUGGAGCUCAGAUGAUCGCUCCUCUGGCAGAGCAAGAGGGGCUCAACGCUCUCAAACUGGAGGAUAUUGCCUGCAAGGUUGUGGAGCAGGUGUAUGGUUCUCAAGGCCUGAACGGCCCAGAAUGUCUGCGGCAGUCCUGCAGCUCCAUCAUCAUUACUAUGAACAAGAUGGCCACAGCCAUGCAGGAAGGAGAGUACGAUGCUGACAAACCCCAGGCCAAGACUCAUCCAGUGGAGAUAAGAGCGUCCACCGUCAGGGCGGAGAUGACUGAUGCUGAGGGUCUGGGAGUUAAACUAGAAGAUAGAGAGACCGCCAGCAAGGAGCUAAAGAAGGCCCUGAAGAUCAAGGGUGAGGAGCUAAGUGAGGCCAGCGUCCGUCUGAGCCUGCUGGAGAAGAAGCUGGACACCUCCACCAAGGACGCAGAUGAGCGGGUGGAGAAGAUUCAGACCAAACUGGACGAGAACCUCGCCCUGCUAAAGAAGAAAGAGAAGGAGUUUGAGGAAACAAUGGAUGCCCUGCAAGCUGAUAUUGACCAGCUGGAGGCGGAGAAGGGAGAGCUGAAACAACGCAUUAAUAACCAAUCAAAGAUGACAAUCGAAGGCCUGAGAGCCCCGCCUGCCUCUGGAAUCGCCUCCAUUGUUCAAGGAUCUGCAGGAGGUGUGCCUCAGUCCCUGACUGGACCGUUGCAGGUUGUGGACUCUCCUCUUCUGAUGCAGCAGGUUGAAGCACAGAGGCUAGGAAUUAAACACCUUAAGAAUGAAAACAACAGACUCAAGUCGGAGAAGAUGAGAGCCCAGCUGGCUUCUUUGCCUCCACUCUGCCCUCCCAAACUACCAAAAGCACCCCAAGAAAGUUCCAUGCAACCAGAUGGACUAAACACAGGCAUCUAUCGAAGGACCGACCAACUGCUGGCUACCCUGCUCAAGCUGAGUUCAGAGGUUAAAGUGGUGGACAUUACAGGAAAGACAGCAGUCAGUGCCGGUGCCCAGCUGCUGGAGCAGACGGCUCGACUGCAGUACCUCAGCGAUGCUCUGGACAAACUCAAGGGAGAAGUUGCUGAACAUGUGGUCUCAAGUCAGUCUGGGGCAAAGGCUUCCUCGGACUUUGCCACCUUUCCAGUGUCCUGUUUUGUCAAGGCUAAGGAGGAGAAGCAGGGAGGGACGGUGUUCGUAGGACGUGUUGCCAUUCCGUGUACCCGUGGACAAGAACAAGUUCACCGCCUCGUCCUAUCACAGCAGCAGCUGCAGAAAGUGCACCGACUCCUCAUGGUCUAAGCACGCCAUCGUGGCAGUUGGUUGACAGUCCAUUAAGAAAUGCAUUUGCUUUGUCAUUUCAGUUUAAUACUUUUGUCUCCUAUAUUUUGCUUUUACCGUUGAAGAAGUCACCUCCAAAGUAAGGAGUAUAGCACUAAAAGACUUUAUAUUGACGGUUUAAAUAGAAGCUAGCAAUGCCACUUUACUCACCCACUUGUUAUAAUUCAGACAAUAAAAGGAAGAACUU